CCACUGACGCCUUUGGGCCCGUACAGUUCGAUAGAUGAUGACUUUACAAUAUCUGUAGAUUAGUGGAAACAAAAUCUUGUCCCCAAAGGAUUGGACACAGAACAACAGAAGCUUGACGAUGAUGACGUCCAUGAAGAUAACGAUGAACAUUCCUCCAACCUUUUUCCAAUUUAAGCACUGCAAUAAUCUUAAUCCUACUGCUAAAAGCAACCACGUGCAUGUUCCGAUUUGGCAUACCUUAGCAACUAUCAAUCCUUUCUGUACAAAACGAAGUCUAGAUGGGAGACCAUUGGACUCCCACAACUCUCAUAAGAGUAUCGUCUCCUUUGUUAGACCACUACCUGCCGUUGAACCAGGUGUAGAAGCUUCAAUAUCAGAUGAGAAUUUGGUAACAGUAAAAAAUGCCAAUAUACUUGUGGAGUUGCAAGAUGAUGAUAAGAUGCAAGUCAAAGUGGAAUUAUCAGGGAAGGAAACACAAAUUGUAUUUGACAAGGUUUUGACAAAUUUGGCUCGUACAGCGCCACCAGUUCCAGGCUUCCGCAGACAAAAAGGAGGAAAAACAUCCAAGGUGCCCAAAAGCUUUCUAUUGUCAAUUAUUGGUGAAGACCGUGUUACGAAAUUUGUUAUUCAGGAAAUAGUUAGCUCCACCAUGGCCGAUUAUGUGAAGAAGAACAAUAUCUGUGUAAAGGAUAACAAGAUCAACACCAUUCAGAGUGCAGAAGAACUAGAGUCCUCAUUUAACCCUGGGAGUGAUUUUGGAUUCAAUGCAACAAUAGAGCUUGAAAAACCAGAUACUGAAAGCUUAGAGUCAUCUGAAGCAUGAAAGUGGCAAAUACUCUCACAUUGUUUAUAGCUUUGAUUUGAGUCAUGCUAUCACUCUCAACAGACUUACUGAUUAUCCAGUAUUUGAAUGUAUUUAUCAGUUAGUUUAUGAAAAAGAGUUCUAAAAAAAUUUAUGUGUCCGGUAAUUUACUUGUGAACAUAAAAUUCAAGGGAUCGUGCAUUACUAUUGCUUAAUAGUUUGUUUUUAAGGCUUUUAC